AUGGCUUCGACUUCAGAAUCUGCGAAGCCUUUGUCCGCAGAAAUCACCACUUUUUGCAAAGUGUUCGACACACUGAACGCAUUCAAGAAGACGCACGUCUUCAGAACUGCAAUGGACCUUGGCUUGUUUAAGGUGACACGGGGCAAGCCAAUGAGUGCUGCGGACAUCGCAGUUAAAUGCGGUGCACAGAACAGCAAGACUCUCGCCUCUCUGCUGGAGAUUCUGGUAGGCGAUGGCUUCCUGGUGCGCAGUGUGCAGGACACCGGGGAUGGCACCACCGCUGUGCCGCUGUACAUGAACACUGAGGGUGCAGAUAGUAUCAUUUGCGGCACCGACUCCUCGUCCUGUGCGUUCAUGGAGAUGAUGGUAAAGGAGACGAAAACAGAGAUGGAUGCCUGGACACAGUUGACUGAUUUAGUGAAGACGGGCACUGUGCAGCAUACGCAUGAGCAGGAACACGAUUCACAUGAAGGUGAACACGACCACAGCCACGGGUGCAGCACGGACAAGAGCUCGUCGGAAGUGCGCAAUUGCCAUGAUGCCAAUGACAAAGACGAGGCGUCAGCUGAAGAAAUCAGCGAAUGGUCCGACCUGUACAAUAUGUUUGAGGGCUUCAUGCGUAUUGCUUUCAACAUUCUGGUUGAGAAGUUCGACUUCUCUCGGUUUACGAAUGUGGUGGAUAUUGGCGGAGGCACUGCACAGCUCUCCCGUAUCCUGUGCCGUCGCUACAAGAAUCUGAACUGCACCAACUUUGAUCUGCCCCGCAUGCUCCCUUGUGCCGAGAAGCGGAUGGCUGAGAUGGGCGCCGAUGUGGCUGACCGAGUUCGUCUGGUUGGCGGUGACUGCUUCAAGGAUGAUCUGCCAACGCCUGUUGAUGUUGUCAUCAUUGCUAAUGUCAUGCACGGCUUUGAGAGCGAAGAGCAGGGCCUGAAGGUGGUGCAGAAGGCGUACGAUGCUCUUUCCCCGGGUGGUGUAUUCAUGGUCAUUGAAGACACGAUCUGUGGGGAUACCUCUACCGAAGCCGGUCAGCUCUGGGAGCUGGGUGCCGAGUUGACGAAAGCAACGUGCGACCACCAGCAUACUAACCACCUGACACUGACGAUGGACGGACUGAGAGGCUGGUUCCACGCAGCUGGCUUCCAGCAGGACAUCCAAGUCGUUUCGCUCAUCUCCAACACCAUGGCACUCGUCGGCACAAAGGCCUGA